GCACGUCGGUUCCUUGAAGUCUUCUCUCCCACGCAACACCACAACUUCUCGUCUCCAACACCAGCUUGCACAGCGCCAAAACCGUCAAAAUGGCUCCUUCCAACCUCCCUGCAAUCUUCAACCCCACCCAGCAGGACAUUGAGAUGCUCCUCGCUGCCCAGUGCCACCUCGGCGCAAAGAACCUGCAGGUGCACAUGGAGCCUUACCUGUGGAAGACCAGGCCCGACGGUGUCAAUGUCUUGAACAUUGGCAAGACGUGGGAGAAGAUUGUCCUUGCCGCGCGUAUCAUCGUCGCCAUCGACAACCCGGCCGACAUCUGUGUCAUUUCCGCCCGUCCCUACGGACAGCGUGCCGUCCUCAAGUUCGCAUCGCACACCGGUGCCACUGCCAUCGCUGGUCGUUUCACUCCCGGUAACUUCACCAACUACAUCACCCGCUCGUUCAGGGAGCCCCGCCUCGUCAUUGUCACCGACCCCCGCACCGACGCUCAGGCUAUCAAGGAAGCUUCCUACGUCAACAUCCCCGUCAUUGCCCUUUGCGACGGAGACUCACCCACCGAGUACGUCGACGUUGCCAUCCCCACCAACAACAAGGGACGCCACGCCAUUGGUCUCGUCUGGUGGAUGCUCGCCCGUGAGGUCCUCCGCCUCCGUGGAACCCUCGCUAACCGCGAGACUGAGUGGGACGUUAUGACUGAUUUGUACUUCUACCGCGACCCCGAGGCUGAGGAGAACAAGGACAGCGCUGGCGUUGAGGAGGCUAAGGUGCCUGGUGCGGACGAGGUCGGCCCCGCCGCUGUCGCCGAUGGCUUCACCAGCGAGUGGGAGGUCUCUGGCGCCUCUGCCGGUGCUUUCACCGCCCAGGCUGCUGCUGCCCCUGGCGCCAGCUGGGACGCUGACACCACCGACUGGGCUGCGUCUGGUGAGGCCCAGACCGGCAACGAGGGCUGGGGUACCGAGGCCGCUGCCCCUGCUGCCACUACUCAGUGGUAGAUGUCAUGUUGGACGCAUUUGUCAAUCCUUCUCUUACAUACCCUGUCUUUGACAACGCACUGGCAUGUCGGCGUAGGAGUGAAGGAAAAAGGGAGAAGAAAAAAAGGAAAAUAUGAGAACCAUUUGACAAAUUCUCGGCAGUCUUCAUGAUUUCAUGGCAUCGAGGUGUGUUGAGGGAUAUGAUCUUAUGCUGCGCGCUUAUGAGGGAAAGAUAUCCAUGCUUCUUGUGAGAGGUAUGGGGGAAAGCCCUGUGCUGGCGAUCGGGUUGUACUUAAUUGACGCCCAGUCCUUCAAUGCAAACCUUGCUCUUGUGUCUAACA